AUGUCUUCACCCGUAGUUAAUGAACCAGCAGCGGACACCGUAGAAGCUGUUGCCGACGAUGGAGCGGCUAAACAAUCGCCAACCGUCGAUUUCGCAGAAAAGAAACAGUUGUCGAUCGAACCGCUGACAGCUUUCUCAGACGAAUCAUACGCGUGCGAUCGGCAAUACGCGAUCGUGCUCGCGCAACUCAUGUCAGUCAAAGAACGUGACAAAGUGUAUACGUGGAUCGACAGAAUAGAUACGAUGAAGGACAGCGACGAUAUGCGCGAGGAACGUGACCUUUACCUAAAAUUUUUAACCGUUUCACUGAAUAACGGCAAACUAGUGCCACCAUUCACCAAGGAUCCGCCAGCGGGAUUGCGCCCGCUCAGCACCAUCGUGCCAAGAUCCGUUUACAAUUUCAUCUUCAAGGGAAAAUACAACAACGGUGACUGUAACCAGCGUCCCCCCGAGGAGAUCGUUCACAAGUUCAGUCCACCGGAUGAGGUCGAGCCCAGCCAGUUCUUCGCCCGGCAGCCAGUGCCGCACAACGGUGGCCUCGUAUACGCCGCAGCGUUCAGCACCAAAAAAUGAAAAGAAACGAAAACACAAACCUAGUCAUAUUCUUGUAAUGUGUUUUAUAUAAAUAGUGUGUGCAGAAUAAAUAUUUCAAUGUAAAUAUUA